CGAAAGUCUGCAUGGACUGUACCUGCCUGUCGCCAUGAAGGAUACAAAGCUCCAGGAGGUGGACGCUGUGUGGGUUGCUCUGCGGCCCUGGGGGCGGUUCCAAGUUUUCCAACUCUUCAUCGUUCUUGUUGAUGCUCUUCCUUGCUCGUUCGCGAUCCUCAGCGCAGUAAUCACAGGCUAUAUACCGGAGUUCACGUGCUUGGAUGUCGAGGACGGCGGCAAUCAGACGGUUGACCGGAAGUUCGAGGUUCAUAAUGACCAGUGCUCUUAUGACGUAUAUUCUGUGAACGGAAACCAGUCCGAGCUCCUAGAAACAAAAGCAUGCACGAAAUUUGCAUAUAGCUACGAAAACUCGUACGCCUUCGAGUGGGGGUUGGUUUGCGAACGCUCGAACCUUGCGGCACUCGCUCAGUCACUCGUGAUAGCCGGCCAGGGCAUCGGCGCGUUCACCAUGUCACACUUAGCGGACCGUGUCGGCCGGAAGACCGUGCGCGUUAUCUCACAUUUGGGUAUCCUGUUGACAAUGGGCAUCAUGGCGGCAUCACAGAAUAUUUACAUGCUGUUGGCGCUCCGGCUUGUGGCUGGGACCUUUCAACAGGGCGUGCUUUGUACGGGGAAGAUCCUUGCUCUUGAGACGUUUCCGCGGCAGCAGCGGUCCUAUAUCGAGGCGGCGUCUUUCCUUGCCUGGUCAGUUGGCGUCAUGAUUCUCGCCCUCCUCGGCUGGCUCUUCCAGGACCUUAAUUGGCGCUACUUGCAGCUUACACUUGCUGCGUUCUCAUUGUAUGCUCUGAUACAGUGGUGGAUGAUAGACGAAUCUGUCCGCUGGCUGGUCAGUAACGGUCGGAUCAAGGAGGCCAAACGCAUCCUGCGGAAGGCUGCUCGGUGGAACAAUGUCGACUAUGCGAAGGUUGAAGCUGCCUUUGAUGAGCAUGUGCAUGUUGGACCAGUGAUGGAAAGACCUCUCCUUCCAGUGAAUGGGGGAGCUCCAGAUAGUAGGAGCGAGGAAAACGGGGCUGAUUUAAAAGUAAACGGUACGCAAUCUGGAAAUGAAAAGGAAGUACGCGGUGUUGAAAAAUACACUGUGAUUGACAUUUUACGGAACCCUGCACUACGAGCCAAUACGCUCAUAUUGUGGUAUACUUGGAUCGUGGCUACGGGCACGUAUUACGGGCUUACGUUGGUCUCUACUCAUUUGGCCGGCAACCGUUUCCUUAACUUCUUCCUCAGCGGGGCCAUUGAAGUACCCUCUCUUUCACUAGACUUCUACCUCUUCAACAAGAUCGGCCGAAAGCGGACUUUGAUCCUGUGGUUCGCAAUAGUCGCCUCAACCUUGGUGGUGUCGACCUCUCUACUAACAGCCUUCCCGGGGGUCGGGGCAGCAGCCAUCGUGGCGACAUGUUUCUCUUUGGUUGGCAAGUCUGCCAGCACCGGGUCCUUCAGUACCGUUUUCCUCUACACGCCGGAAAUAUACCCAACAAAUUAUAGAAACAGUGGUCUGGGGGUUGCUUCCUCUGUUUCUCGUAUUGGUGGUCUUCUGGCGCCGUUUGCAAGUAACUUGGCUUUGAUUGCCAUGUGGAUUCCGGGCGCUAUCUUCGCUACCAUGUGCUUCAUCGUAGUGCUGCUGGCGAUGCGACUUCCGGAAAGCUCCACCCACGAACUUCCGGCCACUAUUGCCGAGUGUGACACGUGGGAAAGACGCGAGGACAAACACUUAACACGAACCUCGUGACAACUUAUCAUAGCCUUAUUUUAAGUUUCGAUAUAUUUUGAUUUUAGUUUGUAGACAGGAUUUUGUCUACUGAUAUUAACAUUCUAUGAACUGUUCAAUAAGUUAUAUAAUAGACUAGUGACUAGGGGUGUAAUUAUAUACACUCGCAAAAACAUUCAAGUGAACGUUAACAAUCAGAACUUCAAGCAAAGAUUUGUAUCAAAGAUAGUUUAUGUUUAUAACGUUUAUAAAUGGGUUAUAUCUUGAAACCAAUUAUUCAAGGCGAGGUCUGUGUCUGAUUGUUGAGAACUGCAAAGGAGUUUAGGCUUUGUUUUGCUCUAGUAGGAAAACUUUGCUUGUGGCUUUUUGUCAUUGUAAUAAUGAGUAUUGAUGCAUUUACCUCAUCUAAAGAUAUCCUUAUUUCCUCCUUGAAAAGAAGAUUUUCUACAAAGAUUGUUUUAAGAAUGAAUCAGUACACUAA